AUGCCUAUUCCCUUCCCCACGUCAUCAGUAAAUACACAACACUCUCAUUCACCCGCUUCAACCUCAUCCUCAUUACCUUCAUACCCUUCUUCACUGGAUUCAGAAUCGGACGCAUCAUCAGACACAGACACGGAAGCAGAGAUAGAAGCUUUGAUUCAAGAAGAAUGGGAAGAGUCAUUGAGACAAUUAGAGUUAGUGGUUAGUAUAGUCGUAUUGCCGACUAUAGGUAAAUGGUACGGUAGAAUGUGGUCAUAUUGGGCUUGGGCAAGGUAUCAACGUCUCGGCGUACUUGGAAGAGCGUUUUUCGGUUUGAGUGUGUGA